AUGUCAUCUUCCCUCCACCUAGACAACAACAUUAAUAACAACAAUUUCACUUCUACUAACCAUGAAUAUGAUGAAGACGACUCCGAUGACUCCACUCCCUCGUCCCACCCUGGUCUCCGGCGGGUAGCUCCUGCCGGCGACGAUAUAUCCUUGGUGGAGAAAUUGCUGCCCAAUGGAGAUAUAUAUCGCGGGACAUUCUGGGGUAAGGUGCCUCAUGGUAGGGGGAAGUAUUUAUGGGCUGAUGGAUGUAUGUAUGAAGGUGAAUGGAAGAGAGGAAAAGCAAACGGAAAAGGGAAGUUUUCAUGGCCGUCUGGGGCAGCUUAUGUUGGUGAUUUUAAAGGUGGAAGAAUGGAUGGUGUUGGCACUUUUAUUGGAAGUGAUGGAGAUACUUAUAAAGGGUCAUGGCUUUCUGAUCGAAAACAGGGGUUUGGAGAAAAACAUUAUGUUAAUGGUGAUGUUUAUCUUGGUUCAUGGAAAGGAAAUGUUCAAGAUGGAGAGGGCAGGUAUGUUUGGAAGAUUGGUGGGAAUGAGUACAUUGGAGAAUGGAAAAAUGGAACACUAUCUGGUAAAGGGGUUAUGAUUUGGUCUACUGGAAACCGACUUGAUUGUCAAUGGGAAGAAGGUGUUCCUAAUGGGAUUGGACUGUUCAGUUCUGUUGAUGGCACAUCUUUUACAGGGACAUGGCUCGAUAUUUUGCAGAUUCAGCAGCAUAAGGAGUCUCUUCCUUUGCCUGCACCGUUUGGUGACAAUGGCGAUUUUCCUCGAGUUUGUGUUUGGGAAGAAGAUAAUGAACCGUCUGAUAUGGGUUAUGAUGAUAAUACUGACUCGCUUGAUUCUCUAAGUGAGCAGAUCAAUAAUAGGUACGAAGGAACAGAGACUAGGAAGCCUGGGAAUGUAAUAUCGAAGGGACAUAAAAACUAUGAAUUGAUGUUGAAUCUUCAAUUGGGUAUCAGGUAUUCUGUUGGGAAGCAUGUUUCUAUAAUCCGAGCUCUUAAGGCAUCUGAUUUUGAACCAAAGGAGAAAUACUGGACAAAAUUUCCAACUGGGGGUUCGAAAUCUACGCCAAGACAUCAUUCGGUGGACUUCAAAUGGAAGGAUUACUGUCCAAUGGUUUUCAGACACCUUAGGGAGCUGUUUGGCAUUGAUCCUGCGGAGUACAUGCUUGCUAUAUGUGGGAAUGAAGGCCUUCGAGAAUUAUCUUCUCCGGGUAAAAGUGGAAGUUUCUUUUAUCUAACACAAGAUGACCGGUUUAUGAUCAAAACCAUGAAGAAAUCGGAAGUCAAGAUGCUUAUUAAGAUGCUGCCAAGUUAUUAUAAGCAUGUUUCUCAACAAAAGAGUUCAUUGGUGACAAAGUUCUUCGGUCUGCACUGUGUUAAGCCAGCUGGAGGACAAAAGACACGUUUUGUUGUCAUGGGUAAUCUAUUCCAUUCGGACUAUCGAAUCCACAAGAGAUUUGAUCUGAAGGGUUCUUCACAUGGUCGAAUGACUGAUAAACCGGAAGCACAGAUUGACGAAAUGACCACUCUUAAAGAUCUUGAUCUUGAUUAUGUCUUUCACCUUCAAACAUCAUGGUUUGAAAAGCUUAUCAGACAAAUCGAUAGAGAUUGCGAGUUUCUAGAAGCAGAAAAGGUCAUGGAUUACAGUUUCUUGAUCGGUAUUCAUUUCUGCGAUGUCUACUCUUGUGAAAAGCCUGAAAUACCACCUUCAGAUAUGCAUUCCGGUAUGAAGCCAUUUAUGAAGCUAGGUGUGAACAUGCCAGCCCGUGCAGUUCGUGUAAACAAGACGACAGAAAGUGACCAUAAUCAGAAUAAUUUGGGAAGAGGAAGUAGCAGCAGCAACUCGACGCCAUCUUGGAUGGGCAGUGGUGAAGUAGUAUAUGAUGUUGUACUUUACUUUGGUAUAAUUGAUAUUCUUCAAGAUUAUGAUAUUAGCAAGAAGCUAGAACAUGCUUAUAAGUCAUUGCAUGUCGACCCGACUUCAAUAUCUGCAGUUGAUCCCAAGUUAUACUCUAAGAGGUUUCGGGAUUUCAUACACAGGAUAAUCCUUGAGGAAACAUGA